CUUUUUCUUUUGCUUUUCCGUUUCCCGUAAAAAAAGAAACACAAAAGGAAACCUUUAAAUUCUCUCGUUUCCUCUCAGAAUAUUCUUCUUCUUCUUCUUCGUCAUUGUCUGCUAGGGUUUCUUUGAACUCUUUUCAUUUGACCAAAAUGGCGGAUUUGCCGGAGUCGCCUUGUCGGAACACUAACGUUGUUUCCCGCGAUAUUCCCAUUGAUGUUUCCGGAGAUGAUUCCAAUUGUGCUGAUUCUUCAGGUUGUUCAAGUGAUAUGCCUGAUGUUGAAAUUGUCACUGAAGAUGAUAAGAGUUCUUCAGCAUCAGGUAAUCAUGCAUACUAUCAUUAUUGCACAAAAACGACUCUACCAUGCUUUACUGAAAGGACUUUGGCUGGACAAAACAUGCAUGCUGAAGCAUCUACUUCUGCCAUAGAUUCAGGAUCUAAUCAGCUAUCAAAAUCUCGGAGACUAACACAAAGCAAACUGGUUAAAUAUGCGUCCAAAUUUUUGGAUGAUACAGUUCCAUUUACAAAGAAGAUCAAGUGGUUGCCUCGACUUGCUAUUGUGAAACAUGAUGGAACUGUACAAUGUCAUUUUCCUACUGAUAUGAAACCACAUGCACUUGAUUAUGUCGUUUGCUCUGAGAAAGAUGAUAUAGACCCAACAGAUAUCCCAAAUAUACCUCCACUGCAAAUAGUAAUGCUUAUUGUGGGAACACGAGGAGAUGUACAACCAUUUGUUGCUAUUGGAAAACGUUUACAGGCAGAUGGUCAUAGGGUUAGAUUGGCAACACACUCAAAUUUUAAAGAUUUCGUUUUGGAUGCUGGGUUAGAGUUCUACCCUUUAGGGGGAGAUCCAAAAGUUCUUGCUGGCUAUAUGGUCAAGAAUAAAGGAUUCUUGCCGUCAAAUCCUUCGGAAAUUCCUGUUCAGAGGCAACAAAUGAAGGAUAUAAUAUUUUCUCUUCUUGAUGCAUGCAAGGACAACGAUCCUCACAGUGGUGUUAAAUUUGAAGUAGAUGCCAUAAUUGCCAAUCCUCCAGCAUAUGGACAUACACAUGUUGCAGAGGCGCUAAAUGUACCACUUCAUAUAUUCUUCACUAUGCCAUGGACGCCUACUAGUGAAUUUCCCCAUCCUUUAUCUCGUGUUAAACACGCAGCUGGUUACAGACUUUCAUAUCAUAUUGUUGAUGCCCUAAUAUGGCUGGGAAUACGGGACAUGAUAAAUGAGUUCAGGAAGAAAACGCUGAAGUUGAGACCUGUUACCUAUUUGAGAGGAUCCUAUAGCUCUCCUCCAGAUGUGCCUUACGGGUAUAUAUGGAGCCCUCACCUUGUUCCCAAACCAAAAGACUGGGGAAAGAAUAUUGACGUGGUCGGCUUUUGUUUCCUUGACCUGGCAUCCAGUUAUAAGCCACCAGAGUCGCUGCUUAAAUGGAUCGAUGCUGGUGAUAAGCCUAUCUAUAUUGGUUUUGGUAGUCUGCCUGUUCAACAACCAGGAGAGAUGACCAAGAUUAUAGUACAAGCUCUAGAGAAAACUGGACAAAGAGGCAUUAUAAACAAAGGCUGGGGUGGUCUUGGCGAUUUGGAAAAACCGAAGGACUUUGUGUACUCACUAGACAACUGCCCCCAUGACUGGCUAUUCGAACGAUGUGUGGCUGUGGUUCAUCACGGUGGAGCUGGAACUACUGCUGCUGGUCUCAAAGCUGCGUGUCCAACGACUAUUGUUCCUUUCUUCGGGGACCAGCCUUUCUGGGGUGAGCAAGUCCAUGCCAAAGGAGUAGGUCCUGCACCCAUUCCGAUUGAUGAGUUCUCACUUGACAAGCUGAUCGAAGCAAUACGCUUUAUGCUGAAACCUGAGGUGAAAGAACGUGCUGAUGAGUUAGCAAGAGCCAUGGAAGGUGAGGAUGGAGUUGCAGGUGCAGUAAAAGCCUUCUAUAAACAUUUUCCUGUUGGAAAAUCUAAGGACGAACCUGAUACAACCCAAACUCAUCAUCAUUCGGGAGUAUUCUCGAUAAGACGUUGUUUUGGUCAUGCAUAAUUCUGGUGUUGUAACAUGUUUUGAUCAUAGUUGUCUCCCUUCAACGUGGCCAAAGAUGGGGGAAAUAGUAAGAAAAAUUUCGAGUUUCCAUUUUUUGAAAUGGUAUUCAUCAGAAUGAACCAUUAUCACUCAGAUUUGAAGUGCCAACAGAGCACUAAUCACUCGCUCUUUGGGGUUGUUGAGAGUAAUAUUUGUUGUAUUUUGGUUCAAAUAAUUUUAAAUAUAUAAAUUACAUGGUUUAAUUA